AGACUGCAGCACUCCGUGUGACGCUAUCGUGUAGGGAGCGCGGCGUUCCACGCCGGCCGGCGGCGGCGGGAGACUGCAGGAGCGGCCAAGUGAACAGCACCCCGGGAGAGCGCGAGUGGCCAUGGACCCGGCCGACUGCGAGUGACUGGGACCGGGGAGCCGGUAGUAGCGCUGCGCCGCUGUCCGUGAGGUCAAACCUGGUGACACUCGGAGGAGGAGGUCGGCUGCGGCUGCACCAUGCUCAUCACCAGCCGCUGCUCCUCGCAGAGCAGUGUGUCGACGCUGAGCUGCGCUUCCAGCAGCACCAACACCGAGCUCAGCCAGAACCAAGGCCAGCUGGACAAGAUCAAGGUGCUCGUGCUGGGCGCGCCGGGCGUCGGCAAGACAGCUCUGUGCGUCCGAUACCUGACGAAAAGAUACAUAGGAGACUACAGCUCCAGUGGCGACAUGAGAUAUACGCAUACGGUGACCUUCGACGGCGUCAAGACGGGGGUCGACAUAUUGGACAGCUGCAGGUGCAUGGCGACCGGCUGCCUGUUCAACCACCUGCGGUGGGGCGAGGCGUUCCUGGUGGUGUACUCCGUGUGCGACCGAUCCAGCUUCCAGGCGGCGCGCGGCUUCCUGGAGACGCUCGGCCAGGAGAAGCUGCCCGGCUACUUCACCACCGUCUUGCUGGGUAACAAGCGCGACCUCGAGCACGCCAGACAAGUGGACACAGAGGACGGGCACGAGCUGUCGCUCGCAUACGGCUGUCCCUUCUACGAGGUGUCGGCAGCCGAGAGCGUGACCGGCGUCUCCCUCGGCUUCCAUACCCUGCUGAAGGAGGCCAGGAGCCUGCAACUACUCAAGAUGCUGCCCAUCCGUCGCAAGGCAGGCGUCAACAGCGUCUCCAAGGUCCUCGGAAACAUCUUUGGCAAGAACGGGAAGUACAGGAAGAAACGUCCGUCGCUGAGCAUUUGAGACGGACUUGGCCUGGAGCCUGCCGGGUCAACGGAUUAUGAGUGGCUAGGUCGAAUUCGGUCUGAGAAUGAGCAUUUGGUUCGGUACGUGAUUGUGAGUGUA